GUGAAAGUGAGAAUGCAUUAGUCAAAAUAAUGAUCUAAAUGUACAUUUAAAUAAUUAAAUCAUACUUUACAAUUGUUAAACCAAACCUCAUUCAACGGCAAACUCAGAAGUCGUGGCCGGGUUUCCAUUAUGGAAUUUCGAUUCUAUCAGUAAGACAGUAAUCACCUUGCAUCGUAAACCCGACGGAACAGCACGGACGCCUAAUUCACGAUUCGCUGAUUGCCUGAUUCCCAAAAUUUCUAGAUUCAGAGGUAGGGAUUGGAGAUCACACUAGGUGUCCGCCAAGCAUGACGUCUGCCACAAACACUCCAGGUUACUGGCUGAACUGGCGAUUUCUAGUGUCUGCCAUAUGGGUCUUUGCAGCUAUGGUGAGUUCUGCAUUGAUAAUUUUGAGGUAUGAAGGCUCAUCAAAAUCAACAAAUCAAGAGGGGGAAGAUCAGCAAGAAAAAGUAAGGACUUUUCACAAGGAUGAUGUUUGGAAGACAUGUAACGAAUCCAUCCAUCCUGUUUGGCUGCUUACUUACAGGGUUAUUGUUCUUUUGGUUCUUCUGGGGUUGCUCUUUGCAGAUGCUGUUUUACAUGGCAUUGGCAUUUUUUACUUUUACACUCAGUGGACACUUACUUUGGUCACCUUCUACUUUGGGGUAGGAUCGUUACAAUCCAUAUAUGGGAUGAAGUCUUCUAAAGAUCUCGCUUCUGAGAUAGAGAACUCAGAUGUUGAGAGCAGUAUUGGAAGUUAUGCCGCUCAGAUCAUUUUUCAGAUGUGUUCAGGGGCUGUGGUGCUUACAGACAUUGUUUUCUGGCUCAUAAUUUACCCAUUUCUCACUGAUAGCGAUUACCAGUUGCAUUUCCUGGAUGUUUGUCUGCAUUCUGUAAAUGCUGUUUUCCUUUUAGGCGAAGUGGCUCUAAAUCGCCUUAGUUUCCCUUUCUUCCGGAUUGCAUAUUUUCUCCUAUGGACUUGCGGUUUUGUCAUUUUCCAGUGGAUUAUUCAUAUGUGUGUUUCCAUGUGGUGGCCUUAUUCUUUUUUGGACUUGUCAUCUCCAUAUGCUCCCUUAUGGUACUUGGGGGUUGGAGCACUUCAUUUUCCAUGUUUCUUUGUGUUUGCUCUUAUCAUAAGAGCAAAAAAUUAUUUACUGUCAACAUUGGUUCAUUAUAAUGCUCAACACCAGUAUAGGAUUAUUUGAGUGCUCAAUUGGGAAUAGUCUGAAGAUCAAUUUGGUUAAUUUGUAUCUAUACGUGAAAACUUGCCUACCACAGCCCACAGGGCGGAUACUACUCAUUUAAGGAAGCAGCAGAUGAUGUACUCAGUAUACAAACAUCUCUCUACAGAAAACUCCAAAUAUGUUACAAUGAAAGUUGGAUGAAAAAUUUCACCCUUUU